CAUUGUCAUAUAUUUUAUCCACCAUUCCUUAGUUUUGAACUGUCAGUGUGUGUACUGUGUGUGAGCCGACUAUUAUAUAUAUAUAAUAUAUAUAUUAUUAUUAAUUAUUAUGCAGACGUCACUUAUGACAUCAUCAAGGCUAGCAUUUUUGCUGGUGAUUACAAUUUGUAGUUGUAAUUAUGCUUCUGUUGAAAGUGUGAGCAGACGCAGUUUGUUAGGCAAUGGCCUUGCCUCCACUCCUCAAAUGGGGUGGAGUAGUUGGAAUCAUUUCGGUUGUUCGAUUGACGAAGAAAUGAUUAGAGAAACAGCUGAUGCUCUGGUAUCAACCGGCCUCUAUAAGCACGGUUAUAAAUACGUAAACAUCGAUGAUUGCUGGGCUGAACUCUCCCGUGAUGAUGAGGGUAAGUUAGUUCCGAAAAAAUCGACGUUUCCGUCUGGUAUGAAGGCUUUGGCUGAUUAUGUUCACAGCAAGGGACUUAAGCUGGGAAUAUAUUCAGAUGCUGGAUAUUUGACCUGUAGCAAGAAAAUGCCUGGUUCAUUGGGAUUCGAGGAACUAGACGCGAAAACCUUUGCCGAAUGGGGCAUAGAUUAUCUUAAGUACGAUAACUGUAACACCGAUGGAUCAAAGCCAACCGCUCGAUAUCCAGUGAUGACGAGAGCUCUGAUGAAGGCCGGCCGACCCAUCUUUUUCUCACUCUGCGAAUGGGGAGAUUUGCACCCGGCUUUGUGGGGUUCUACCGUCGGAAACAGUUGGAGAACAACAAACGAUAUUGCUGAUAAUUGGGAUAGCAUGAUAUCCAGAGCAGACGAGAACGAAGUUUACGCAGAAUAUGCAAGGCCUGGUGGCUGGAAUGAUCCCGAUAUGCUCGAGAUUGGCAAUGGAGGAAUGACGAAAGAUGAAUACAUUAUCCAUUUUAGUUUAUGGGCAAUUUCAAAGGCUCCUCUCAUCAUCGGUAACGAUGUGAGAAAUACAAGCAAAGAAACAAUGGAGAUUAUAGCGAAUAAGGAAGUUAUAGCGGUUAACCAGGACAAAUUGGGUAUUCAAGCUAAGAAGGUUCGAAUGGAGGGUAAUCUUGAGGUGUGGGCGGGCCCACUUUCGGGCUACAGAGUUGCACUAUUGCUGCUUAACCGAGGUCCUGAUCGUACCCCCAUGACCGGUUACUGGGAUGAUAUCGGUAUCCCUCCAAGCAGUACUGUAAUUGCAAGAGACCUGUGGAAGCACAAGACUCUGAAGGAAAGUUUUGUAGGGAAUUUGACAGAAACAGUGGAUCCCCAUUCAUGCAAGAUGUAUAUAUUGAAGCCAAUUGCUUGAGGAAUUAAUUUCAUAGUAUUUUUCGUUAAAUCAGAAAGAAGAGAGAAAAACUUCAUUUUAGAACUAUCAGUUUCCGAGUGAAUAAAGCUCGAGCGGGGAGAAAUAAAAUAUUUCAUGUGGACGUCGAGAACAUUAUAUUUUUUUUUAUUGAAAAGCAGUAUUUGAGACUGAUGUUUAAAUUAUCAAUGUUCGGUACUAUCGC